GCCCAGAAAAGAGCUUUGUGAUGUACUAAACCCUAGAUGGCCUAAACUCGCGUCUUCUUUCAAACCAGAAACUCUUCGCUAUCAGAGUAGGAGCUUCUUCAGAGCAGCGGCGCACGGCGGAGAUCUGCUUAAACGACAUCUAAAAUGGCGGACAAGGCAGUUACUAUCAGGACCAGGAAGUUCAUGACAAACCGUCUCCUUUCAAGGAAGCAAUUUAUCAUCGAUGUCUUGCAUCCGGGAAGGGCCAAUGUUUCUAAGGCUGAGUUGAAGGAGAAGUUGGCAAGGAUGUAUGAGGUUAAGGACACCAAUGCCAUCUUCGUGUUCAAGUUCAGGACCCAUUUUGGUGGUGGCAAAUCUACUGGAUUUGGAUUGAUCUAUGAUUCUGUUGAGAAUGCUAAGAAGUUUGAGCCUAAGUACAGGCUAAUCAGGAAUGGUCUUGACACAAAGAUUGAGAAAUCAAGGAAGCAGAUGAAGGAAAGAAAGAACAGGGCGAAGAAAAUCCGUGGUGUUAAGAAGACUAAAGCUGGAGAUGCUGCAAAGGCAGGCAAGAAGAAAUGAGUUUGUGAUAUUUUACUUUUUUUUGUGAAUCGUGACGAUUUUCAUGUGACAAUAUAUUUUUGUUUGCCUUAGGGUUAAUUUAGCUCUCUGUUUAAUGCUAAUGCGGCACAAUCUUUUUUAAUUGUUACCAAGUCUCAAACUCUUUGCUAUA